AUGGCAGUAGAAACACAACAAGGAACUCGUAACCGUGGUUCAUCUUUUACUCAAACAAAGCCAAAGGUCCUUAGACCUUUUAAUACGGCUGAAGUCAAGGUGCUCUUGUUGGAAAAUGUGAAUGUUACUGCUGUUGAAGCAUUCAAGAAGCAAGGUUAUCAGGUGGAAACUUAUACCAAGGCAUUGGUUGGUGAUGAGCUUAUCGAAAAGAUCAAAGAUGUCCAUGUUAUCGGUAUUCGCUCCAAGACAAAGCUUACAAAGGCAGUAUUAGAUGAAGCCAAGAAUCUGUUGGCUAUUGGCUGCUUUUGUAUUGGAACAAAUCAAGUAGAUCUUAAGCAUGCGGCUAAUAAGGGUAUCGCUGUAUUUAAUUCACCCUUCAGUAAUUCAAGAUCCGUUGCUGAAUUAGUCAUUGGUGAAUUGAUCGCACUUGCACGUCAACUGGGUGACCGUAACACGGAAAUGCAUCAAGGUAUUUGGAAUAAGGUCUCUAAAAACUGUUAUGAAAUCAGACACAAGACUUUGGGUAUCGUUGGUUACGGUCAUAUCGGCUCUCAGCUUUCUGUGUUAGCUGAGGCUAUGGGUAUGACUGUCUAUUUUUAUGAUGUACUCCAAAUCAUGCCUUUGGGUCAAGCUAAGCCUGUGGAUUCCCUGGAUGAACUUUUAGAGAUUUCAGACUUUGUAUCCUUGCAUGUUCCUGAGACAGAAGAAACUAAGAAUAUGAUCGGUGAACGUGAAAUCAUGAAAAUGAAGAAGGGUUCCUAUCUUUUAAAUAAUGCUCGUGGUACUGUGGUUCAAAUCCCUGCUCUUGCAAAGGCCUUACAUUCUGGUCAUCUUGCUGGUGCUGCUAUUGAUGUCUAUCCCAAAGAACCUGCUGCUAAUGGUCCCAACUUUAAUGAUUACCCUGACUUGUUGAGUGCUAAAAAUUUAAUCAUGACACCCCACAUCGGUGGCUCCACUGAAGAAGCACAAAGUAUGAUUGGUGUUGAAGUAUCGACUGCUCUGAUCAAAUUUAUUAAUGAAGGUGGUUCUGUCGGCGCUGUCAACUUUCCCGAAAUUGAUCUUCGUGCAAUCUCACAAGAUGAUAAAGACACUGUUCGUGUACUUUACAUUCACCGUAAUAUCCCUGGUGUCCUCAAGGUUAUCAAUGAAAUCUUUGCUGACCAUAACGUAGAAAAACAAUACUCAGAUUCUAAAGGUGAUGUUGCAUAUGUAAUGGCAGAUAUUUCAAAUGUCACACAGGAGCAUUUGGAAUCACUCUAUAAUGCUAUUCUUGCAACUCCUGCCAAUAUCAAGACUCGUAUGCUUUAUUAA